AUGGCCACCAAGCGCUUGGCCAGGCAGCUGGGGCUGGCGCGGAGCAGCGCGGGGGCGCGGGCGGCGCCCGGCCCGGCCGCGGGGCAGCGCUUCGGCUACGUGACCGUCGUCGACCUGGAGGCGACGUGCUGGCGGGACGCGGGGCGCCGCCGGCCCGAGACCAUUGAAUUUCCAGCAGUUCUGCUAAACACGGCGACAGGAGAGAUUGAAUCGGAAUUUCACACCUAUGUCCAGCCUCAGGAACACCCUAUUCUCUCCGAAUUUUGUACAGAACUGACUGGCAUAACACAGAAUCAAGUUGAUGAAGGGAUCCCUCUAAAUAUUUGCUUAUCACAGUUUUUGAAAUGGAUUCAAAAGAUACAAAAGGAGAAGAAAAUUCUAUUCAAUUCAGAUAUUCCAAAUCAUUCUACGUCAGAAGCAAAACUGUGUACCUUUGUUACUUGGACAGACUGGGACCUCGGUGUGUGUUUGCACUAUGAAUGUAAAAGGAAGCAGCUGCGAAAACCUGACAUUUUAAAUUCCUGGAUUGAUCUCAAAGCAACAUACAGACUAUUCUAUAAUAGGAAGCCUAAAGGGUUAAAAGGUGCUUUGCAGGAUUUGGGAAUAACUUUUGCAGGACGGGAGCAUUCUGGGUUGGAUGAUUCUCGGAAUACUGCCCAUCUUGCUUGGAGGAUGAUUUGUGAUGGGUGUGUGCUGAAGGUUACUAAAUCUUUGGAUAAGGCACAUCCAAAGGAGAACCUGAUUUCCAGAACACCAAGUAUAAACUUCACUGACAAGACUUCCCUGGGAAGUAAUAGCAGACCUGUAACAUCUAGAGAAACAACUCGUAACAUAAGCUCUCCAUCUGAGGAAAACCAUGGCAGUACUACUAGAGUUAUGAUAAAUUCUAAGGUACAAACGGAAGAACAACAGGAGAAAAGUACAGUCAAUUUCUCUGCAGACAUCCAUGUUGUGUCUAGCAGCAGCUCAAGGACUGACUUACAUGAUCAAGCCCAAAGCUCUUUAACAGCAUCUGCUGACAGUUUUCCUCUACGUCUUGGACAGCCACAGCUAUCUCGCUGUACAGGUAUUCAGAAAGGGGUCAACAAUGGGCAUCUGAUGAGUCCUGCCAAAUAUAGCACUCCAGUACAUGGAUCAGGACUAGUACUCGUCUCCACUACCAUCUCCUCAGUUAAUGUAUCAGAUGAGGAUAUUAGUACUAGUUCUGAUUGUUUAUCUCUGCUGACUGACUGGGAAGAUGUAGCUUUAAUACCAGAAUCACAGUAUGAACACAAUUUGGAUUAUGUUCAAUUUAAAGAUGACUCAACUACAAUUUCUGGAGUAUCAGCUUUGAGUUCAAAUCUCCAAAGUUUGGGGAAAACUGUUGUACCUGUGAAACCUCAGAAGUCUAUUGUUUACAAAAGUUCUGAUACUACGAUCUAUAAUGUAGGAAUGGUCCAAAGGCAGACUUCAGAUUUUUCUGCUUUCAAAUUACCAUCUUCAAAGGUAAAUGCCACUUCAUUUCACUCAGCAUUAACUGGAAAUCAUUCCACUCCUUCUGAGGCUCCUAAAAGAAAGCCAACGAGUCCAAAAAUGUAUCCACCUGCAAAAAAACAGUCUUUUGCUAUAUAUACAGAGAAGACUGAGUCUUUUAAUCAUUCCUUACCUUUAAGAAGUUCAAACUUGUCCAAAGUGUCUCCUGCCAUUUUGAACUCCACAGUCAAUUUGAAUCAAUCUGUAAGAGCUGCAAAAAACGAAAAACCAACCCCCCCUCUGUGUAAUUGUGGUCGAAGAGCUAAAAGAUUGUAUGUCUCAAAUACUGGUCCAAAUCAUGGCAAAGCAUUUUUUUGUUGUCCUGUUGGUAAGCAUGAAAGUAGUAAGAAAAGCUGUGGAUACUUCAAGUGGGAAUAUGCAUUUCUGAAAGAGAAAUCUUCUAAUGUUCUCACUGUGAAAGCAGAUACUUUGACCUCUCUUGGAACUUCUUCCAAUACUCUAGGAAAUUCUUCCAACAAGAAAUAUUUGUGUCUUAGACCCUCUAUGAGAACUUGAAAAUUGAUGAGUUUUUUUUGUUGUUCAAAUCUUACUCAGUUACUUGUUUCUGCUUACUAUAAUCAGGACAGUCAAAUGAUCUUAGAUAUCUAUUCUGAGAAUGAGGCAAAAUGACAUGCUUGGUUCAAGUAGAUAAAAGAGGAAAUUGCUCGAGUAUAUGGAGUAUCCAUGUAUCAUAAGCUGUCUCAUUAACGAAGUGAGAGAACUGAUCAAGCUGCAAGUGCUAAAAUUAAAGUAUGAACAGCUAGUGUUAAAUAUCUUACAUUUCUACUUUAUCAUGUAUUUUAAAUUCUUUAU